AUGUCUGUUUGUCUAUUCAUAUCUAUCUAUCUAUCUAUCUAUCUAUCUAUCUGUCUAUCUAUCUCCGUCUGUUCAUAUCUAUCACCGUCUAUUCAUAUCUAUCUAUCUAUCUAUCUAUCUAUCUAUCUAUCUAUCUAUCUAUCUCCGUCUAAUCUAUCUAUCUAUCUAUCUAUCUAUCUAUCUAUCUAUCUAUCUCCGUCUAAUCUAUCUAUCUAUCUAUCUAUCUAUCUAUCUAUCUAUCUAUCUAUCUAUCUAUCUCCGUCUAUACAUAUCUAUAUAUCUAUCUAUGGAACGUUCUAUCUUGCUAUCUGCUUAUAUAUCUCAAUAUUUCAAUCUGUCUGCCUGUCUACCUGUUCUUUCACAUCUGCAUCCUUCUCUCACUCUCUCACUUUAUCUAUGUGUCAAUAUUUUCCCCACACUCUCACACCCUUUCUCACACACUCAACCCUUUAUCCUUGGAUCUCUGAUAAAAUCUAUCUAUCUAUCUAUCUAUCUAUCUAUCUAUCUAUCUAUCUAUCUAUCUAUCUCAGUCUGUUUAUAUCUAUCUAUCUCGGCCCAUUGUCUGUCAGUCUAUCUAUCUAUCUAUCUAUCUAUCUAUCUAUCUAUAAAAUUAGCUCUGUUCAUAUCUAUCUAUCUAUCUAUCUAUCUAUCUAUCUAUCUAUCUAUCUAUCUCAUUCUGUUCCUUAUCUAUCUAUCUAUCUAUCUAUCUAUCUAUCUAUGUCUCUUCAUUAUCUAUAUCUAUCUAUCUAUGGUAUAUAUCUCUAUGCCAAUCUGUUCAUAGCCCUCCAUAUCGAGCUUUUCACAUCUAUCUAUCUAUCUAUCUAUCUAUCUAUCUAUCUAUCUAUCUCAUUCUGUUCCUUAUCUAUCUAUCUAUCUAUCUAUCUAUCUAUCUAUCUAUCUAUGUCUCUUCAUUAUCUAUAUCUAUCUAUCUAUGGUAUAUAUCUAUGCCAAUCUGUUCAUAGCCCUCCAUAUCGAGCUUUUCACAUCUAUCUAUCUAUCUAUCUAUCUAUCUAUCAGUUUUUUUCAUAUCUCUUCUUCUCACUCUCUCACUAUAAUUAUGUCUCCGUUCACAUCUAUGUAUGUCUGAAUGUAUGCAUGUAUCUUUUUCAAUCAGUCACAGUUUUUCACAUCUAUUUAUCUCCCGAUAUGUCUCUAUUCACAUCUAUCUAUCUAUCUAUCUAUCUAUCUAUCUAUCUAUCUUGCACAGUCUGA